AUGAAGAUUAAGCUUGACAGCCGAAUAAAAACUUUGGUAGAAAACUGCGUUAAGCUUAAGCAGCGAAGCAUGUUUGUGAUUGUUGGAGACCGUGGCCGUGAUCGUGUGGCUGAUUUGCAUUUAUUGCUUUCAAGGACUGAUCUAAAAGUGAAGCCUUCAGUGUUAUGAUGCUACUCAAAAGACCUGGGUUUUAGCUCACACAAGAAAAAACGUAUGAAGCAAAUUAAAAAGCUGCAACAGCAUGGACAAUGGGACCAAGAAGUAGAUGACCCUUUUGAACUAUUUAUAUCAUCCACACAACUUAGAUUUUGCUAUUAUAAAGACUCGCAUAAAGUAUUGGGAAAUACGUUUAGUGCUGUAGUCUUGCAAGAUUUUGAAGCUUUGAAUCCAAAUCUGUUGUGUAGGACGGUAGAAACAGUAGAAGGGGGAGGAAUGAUUAUCAUUUUGCUUAAAACCAUGACAAGCUUAAAGCAGCUUUAUGCAAUGACAAUGGAUGUUCAUGAAAGAUAUAGAACACCAUCUCAUAAUGCAGUAGACCCAAGAUUCAACGAAAGGUUUAUUUUAAGCUUAACUGUAUGCUCAAAUUGCCUUGUCAUGGAUGAUGAAUUCAACAUAUUAAAUAUCACAAAUCACCCUAUAGAAGAAAAAGAUGCUAUAGAAACACCAGAAGACUUACAAUUAAAAGACUUAAAAACAUCACUUGAAGGCACUUUUCCUAUUGGUAAUUUAAUGGCCAAAGUUAAAACUCUAGAUCAAGGAAAUGUGACAAUGCAAAUUGUAUCAAGCUUAGUCGAUAAAGAACAACUAACCUUUGCUAUAACAGCAGCAAGAGGAAGAGGAAAAUCUGCUGCUCUUGGGCUAGCUGUUUCUGCUGCAGUUUCUAUUGGCUAUUCAAAUAUUUUAGUUACCGCGCCUUCCCCAGAAAAUCUUCACGCAUUUUUCCAAUUUCUCUUUAUUGGACUUAAUGCUUUAGGCUACGAAGAGCACCAACAUUACGAAGUCCAAAGAGGCUCAAAAGAGCAUAAAAAAUCAGUGUUAAGAGUCACUAUAAAUAAAACCCACACACAAAUAAUAAGAUAUAUCACUGUAAAUUCCACCCACAUCCAAACAGAUUUACUGGUAAUUGAUGAAGCUGCUGCUAUACCUUUGCCAUUUGUGAAAAGAAUGCUGGGGCAUUAUCCAGUUUUAAUGUCCUCAACAGUGCAUGGUUAUGAAGGAACAGGCCGUGCUUUAUCAUUAAAGCUUUUUAAUGACUUAAAAACCAGAAAUCUGAAGCAGCUAAAAAUGACAGCACCAAUAAGAUACUCUUUGAAUGAUCCUAUAGAAAAAUGGCUUACAGAUUUGCUGUGCUUAGAAGCUACCACACCUUAUCCUUUAGCUUCAGCCCCUCCUCAUCCUUCCCAUUGUUCUCUGUAUUUAGUAAACCGAGAUACUUUAUUUUCAUUCCAUAGAGCUUCCGAGCUAUUUUUGCACAAAAUGAUGUCAUUAUUUGUGUCAUCACAUUAUAGGAACUCUCCAAAUGACCUUCAGAUGAUUUCUGAUGCACCUUCACACCUAUUAUUUGUGCUUUUAGGGCCUAUUGACCCAAAUAAUCCAGCUUUACCAGACGUAUUAUGUGCAGUUCAAGUAGCACUAGAAGGGAAAAUUAAUAGAGCAAGGGUCCAAAAAGAGCUAGAGAAAGGAAAAGCAGGAAGUGGGGAUUUAGUCCCUUGGACAGUCUCAGAGUAUUAUCAAGAUGCAUCUUUUGGGGAAUUGACUGGAGCUAGAGUGAUAAGAAUUGCUACACAUCCAGACUUGCAGAAAAUGGGAUAUGGCACUAAAGCUCUAGAAGAGCUAGAAAAAUAUUUUAAAAAAGAACUGUUUGUAGCAGAAAGAGAAAAGAUUGAACAAAUGGAUGAAGAUGAAAGAGAAAAUGAAGGACUGAUUAAUGAAGAAAUCAAGCCUAAAAAAUGUGUGCAGCCGCUGCUACAGAAAUUAAGUGAAAGCUCCCCACAAGAAGUUGAAUAUUUAAGUGUAGCUUAUGGGCUAAACCAGCAGCUUUAUAAAUUCUGGGAUAAUUCAGGCUUUAAAACAGUUUACAUAAAGCAAAAAUCAAGUGAUAUCACAGGCGAAUAUUCCACGAUUAUGCUUAAAAGCAUUACUGAUGUUGAUUUUUCAUCAUUUUAUAAUGACUUUAAGCGAAGAUUCCAAUACUUGCUUGGCUUUGAGUUCAAAACUUUGCCAGCAGCGCUUGGACUUAAAAUCUUAGACCAUAAAAUAGGUCAGGAUUGCUCUGAAGAAACCCUUCAGCACUUUGUUAGCCUUUAUGAUCUUAAGCGUCUUGAAGCUUUUUGCAAGAAAUUGAUUGAUUAUCACUUAAUUCUUGACCUCUUGCCAAGACUUGCUGACCUUUACUUUUGCGGCCAACUAAAUAUCCCUUUUUCAAAUUUACAAAAAAAUAUUUUAAUCGCAAUUGCUCUGCAAAGAAAAGAAUUUGAACAUCUCCCUCCAGAGCUGGACUUGCCAACUUCACAAUUAGUGCUUUUAUUUAACAAAAUUGUUAAAAUUUUGACUGAUCAUAUAAGAAAAAUUUUUGAGAAAAGUGUUGAAGAGACAAUUCCUAAAAAUGCUGAAGAAAAUGAAGAAAACCCAACAAAACACAUAAAACUAAGUGAAUAG